AUAAUUAUUCAGGACCCAAAACCAAAGAUGGAAUCAUGGAGUUUGCUGAUCGAGUCUCAGGGCCGUUGGUUCGACAUCUGAGCAGCGUGCAGCUGUUCCAACAUGUGAUGAGUCGCCACGAUGUCAUGAUAGUUUACGUUGGAGCCACGUCACCGCUGAAGGGAAACUUCACGUCGGUAGCCGAGACGCUGAUCGUUCACACCUUCUUCUUCUCUGCUUCCAGAGACGUGCUGCCCAAGGAGGUGUCUCUGCCCUCUCUGCCGGCCGUGGUGAUCUUUAAAGAUGGAACCUACUUCACCUUCAACGAGGAACGUGAUGGCGAUCUGAAGUCGUGGAUCAACAGAGAGCGUUUCCCAAACUACAGCCAGAUCGACGGCUACACUCUGUACUCCAUGGGGGAGUCAGGUAAACUGGUGGUGUUGGCGGUGGGGGAGGAGAAGAGUCUGAGCGCGGACAGUCUCAGGUAUAAAAGUCUGGUGGAGAAAGUUUCUACGGACUACAAAGAAAUCUACAGCAGAAACUUUUACUUUGGUUUCAUUAAGGGCAGUGAAUACCUCGAUGGACUUGUGAUGGGGAUCAGGGAGGAAACAGUAUCGACCAGCGAGCCCAACGCAUCUUUUAUAACAUCAAAGUCACACUGAAGCCGGCCUUCAUUAAGUCCCCGGUGUACUGCUGCCUCCUCCUCAUCACUCCGUUCCUGGUGGUGGCCAUCCUGAUCUAUCUCUUCCGGAAGAAAGUUCCCGCCGGCGCCAACGCCGACAAUGACGAAGUCGUGCUGCUGGCUCCGUCGCUACGGCAACGCAAGAAAAUGACGGACAAGAAGUCCGAAUGAUGGAGAAGAACGGGAAGAUAACGUCUGUCUGUCUCUCUGUCUGUCUGCGUGUGUGUCUGUCUGUGUGUCUGUC